GGAGCAGGAGGAGUGGGAAGGAGCAAACAGGAGGACUCGUCCACUCGGGGAGUGGGACACGCAGGCAGCUCUCGGGCUGCGGCUUCCAGGGCUGUGAAGUGUGCGGGCCGGUGCGGGAUCAGGCGGUGGGACAGAGUCAGGAGUGCCUCCUCUAGGCUGGAAGUUUGUCCCGGGUUUUCUGGAAGGAGGUGCGGAGCUCCGGAGCGGCUCGGUCUCCUCCUCUGCAGCCGGAGCAGCAGCUGCAGCGGCGGGCAGCUCCUCCUGCCUGGCUCCCUGCCUGCCCUCAAACUGGGUGUGUUUAACGCGGACUUUGGCGCAGAGCAGAUCCCGGAUCCCAGCUGCUGGAAAACAGAUUUCCACUUUACUUCCAGCCCGGAGCCGAGCAGCGGCCAGCCUGAGCGCUGCUGGCCGGCCGGAGGAGCCUCUGAGGCGGGGAAGUGCAGCUCGGAGAGUCGAGUCCUCCCCGGAGCUCCCCUCCCCCCCUCUGGGUUCUAAGUUUUCUGCGUGGUUCUGUCCCGGUUCGGGACCGGUUCAGUUCUGGGGUGUUUCUUGGACGGGUCAGGAAGUUUGCUCGGUGUGGAACUUGGUGUCGUCGUGGAGGGAUUUUAAUUGGAUUUUCUUGGAUUUUACGGGGGGAAAACCACUGGAAAGCUGCUCUGAGCGGGCGGCGUGUGUGUGGUUCUGAGCUCCUAACGGAACCGAGCCGAGUCAGAACAUGCCCGUUAGAAAGAAAGACGCCCAGCGGGCCCUGCUGCUCCUGGAGGAGUACCGGAACAAGCUGAACCACACGGAGGACCGGCAGCUCCGGCUCUCCAUCCAGAGAGUCAUCGACAUCUUCCAGAGCAACCUGUUCCAGGCUCUCAUAGAUAUCCAGGAAUUUUACGAAGUGACCUUACUGGACAGCCAGCGGUGGGCGGAGUCUUCCCGGGGGGCGGAGCCGGGCGUGCCGCUCCACCUGUGGGACCUGUCCAGCCUGCAGAGCCCGACCGGAACCUCCGAGACGCUGCCCAGCCUUAGCACCAGCAUCGAGGAGUCCCCCCUCCUUAACGAAAUCCUGCACACCUUGGCGCAGGCCAAGCUGUCCCCCCGCCAUGACGGCCAGAAGUACCGGCACCACGAUGAGGACUCGUCCCCCCAGGACCAGAGCUCCCCCCCCCUCACGGAGGAGGGGGCGGGGCCAGAGCUGGUCCAGGUCGCCGAGAAGAACCUGAACCAGAUCGAGAACGUCCACGGAUACGUCACCCACGCCCACAUCUCACCUAUGAAGCAGGCCGAGGCCGCCCCGCCCUGCUCUCCUAUAAUCCCUGUGAUCCCCAUCGCUCCAAUCCCAGCCGAGACCUCCGCCAUCCCCGCAGCGUCACAGGCCAAUCCUCCGCCCGUGGUGGUCAACACCGACAGCCUGGACACGCCGCCAUACGUCAACGGGACGGAGGCUGAAUAUGAGUACGAGGAAAUCACGCUGGAGAGGGGAAACUCUGGGCUGGGCUUCAGCAUCGCCGGAGGGACCGAUAACCCCCACAUCGGUGAAGACCCCAGCAUCUUCAUCACCAAAGUCAUCCCUGGAGGAGCCGCCGCCCAGGAUGGACGGCUCAGGGUGAACGACGUCAUCCUGCGGGUGAACGAGGUGGACGUCCGGGACGUGACCCACAGCCGGGCCGUGGAGGCGCUGAAGGAGGCGGGGUCUCUGGUGCGCCUCUACGUCCGGCGGAGGAAGCCGCUGUCGGAGAAGCUGAUGGAGAUCAAGCUGGUGAAAGGACCCAAAGGUCUGGGCUUCAGCAUCGCGGGCGGCGUCGGGAACCAGCACAUCCCCGGAGACAACAGCAUCUACGUCACCAAGAUCAUCGAAGGCGGCGCCGCGCAGAAGGACGGCAGGCUGCAGAUCGGAGACAAGCUGCUGGCCGUGAACAGCGUCUGUCUGGAGGAGGUGACCCAUGAACACGCCGUCACUGCCUUGAAAAACACUCCUGAUGUCGUCUACUUGAAAGUGGCAAAACCCAACAGUGUCUUCAUGAACGACAGCUUCGCCCCACCAGACCUCACCAACUCCUACACGCAGCACCUGGAGAACCAUAUCAGCCCCCCCAGCUUCGUGGGCCAGCCCCUCCCCCCGCCGGCGUCGUCGGGGCGAUACUCGCCGACGCCAAAGGGCAUUCUGGGAGAAGAUGACGUCACACGGGAGCCGAGGAAGGUGGUUCUGCACCGCGGGGCGACGGGUCUGGGCUUCAACAUCGUGGGCGGCGAGGACGGAGAGGGCAUCUUCAUCUCCUUCAUCCUGGCCGGCGGCCCGGCCGACCUGAGCGGGGAGCUGAGGAAAGGAGACCGCCUGGUGUCGGUGAACGGCGUGGACCUCCGGAACGCCACGCACGAGCAGGCCGCCGCCGCCCUGAAGAACGCCGGCCAGACGGUGACCAUCGUCGCCCACUACAGGCCAGAAGAGUACAGCCGGUUCGAGGCCAAGAUCCACGACCUGCGGGAGCAGAUGAUGAACAGCAGCAUCAGCUCGGGCUCCGGGUCGCUGCGGACCAGUCAGAAGAGGUCACUCUACGUCAGAGCUCUGUUCGAGUACGACAAGACGCGGGACUCGGGUCUGCCCAGCCAGGGCCUCAACUUCAAGUUCGGAGACAUCCUGCAUGUGGUGAACGCCUCGGACGACGAGUGGUGGCAGGCCCGGCACCUGACGCCUCAGGGGGAGCUGGAGGAGGUGGGAGUGAUCCCCAGCAAGAGGAGAGUGGAGAAGAAGGAGCGAGCGAGGUUAAAGACGGUGAAGUUCAACGCCAAGUCAAGAGAGCGAGGGCAGUCCGUCAAUGACAAGCGUAAAAAGAACCUCUUUACCCGAAAGUUUCCUUUCUACAAGAGCAAAGAGCCGAGCGAGCAGGAGACCAGCGACGCCGACCAACAUGUGACGUCUAACGCCAGCGAUAGUGAAAGUAGCUACCGUGGGCAGGAUGACUACGUUCUGUCCUAUGAACCCGUCGUUCAGCAGGAAGUGAACUACACCCGACCCGUCAUCAUCCUCGGCCCGAUGAAGGACCGGAUCAACGACGACCUGAUCUCUGAAUUCCCAGAUAAAUUCGGCUCCUGUGUCCCGCAUACGACCCGGCCCAAACGGGACUACGAGGUGGACGGGCGGGAUUACCACUUCGUGGCGUCGCGGGAGCAGAUGGAGAAGGACAUCCAGGAGCACCGCUUCAUCGAGGCGGGCCAGUACAACAACCACCUGUACGGAACCAGCGUGCAGUCUGUCCGCCAGGUGGCCGAGAAGGGGAAGCACUGCAUCCUGGACGUGUCCGGCAACGCCAUCAAGAGGCUGCAGCUGGCGCUGCUGCACCCCAUCGCCAUCUUCAUCAAACCCAAAUCCGUGGAGAACAUCAUGGAGAUGAACAAACGUCUGACGGACGAACAGGGAAGGAAAACCUUCGACCGCGCCGCCAAGCUGGAGCAGGAGUUCACCGAGCACUUCACAGCCGUCGUCCAGGGCGACACGCUGGAGGAGAUCUACGAUCAGGUGAAGCAGAUCAUCGAGGAUCAGUCGGGUCCGUUCAUCUGGGUUCUGUCCAAGGAGAAGCUAUGAGGCGGCGCCGCCGCUCCUCUUCAUCACUUACGUUAUUCUGGAAGAAGAGUCCAGCUGCAGAGGCAGCCUCACCCUCCGUCAUCCAUCCAUCAUCCAUCAUCCAUCCAUCAUCCAUCAUCCAUCCAUCAUCCAUCCAUCCAUCAUCCAUCAUCCAUCCAUCAUCCUCCAUCAUCCUCCACCCCUCAGCGAUCAGCUUCAUGUUGUUUCGCCUGAUUUGGAAGCUCACAGGAAGUGACAUCACACUCAGCACGGUACAGCUCCUUAAUGUUUAAGGACGGAGAACUUCGGAGGAGAAGAGUUCGGAAACGUACGAAGCAGAUUUUCUUCCCUUUUCUUGUUUUUUGUUGGUGGGUUUUUUCCAGCCGGCUCCGUUUGUCGGGUCGGAGGAACCAGAGACACAAAAA